UUACUUCCGACCCCUUGAGAGGGCCUUCCCCUGUCUCCAUGGGCCCUGCCUGGAUGAUGGUUCCUGUGGGCCGAUCUGUGCUGGUGGUGGCCAGGGGGAGUCGGUGGGCACGAACCAGAUGGGACACCGCCCUCCCCACACUUGGCCUGAAGGAGCAGCCCCCUAGUAAUAGUUACGCUGAGCAGGAACUGCUGCGUCUAAUCUACUACGGGGGCAUCCAGCCCGUGAUCCGCAAGGCCGUGUGGCCCUUCCUCCUGGGCCACUACCAGUUUGGAAUGUCAGCUGCAGAGAGGAAGGAGGUGGAUGAGCAGGUUCACACCUGCUGUGCACAGACCAUGGCUGAGUGGCUGGGCUGCGAGGCUAUCGUGAGGCAGAGGGAGCGCGAGUCCCACGCAGCUGCUCUUGCCAAAUGCUCGUCAGGGGCCAGCCUGGACAGCCAUCUGCACCGGAUGAUGCACCGGGAUUCCACCAUCAGCAAUGAGUCCUCCCAGAGCUGUAGUUCUGGCCGCCAGAACAUCCGCCUGCAGAGUGACUCCAGCAGCAGCACACAGGUGUUUGAGUCCGUGGACGAAGUGGAGCAGGUGGAGGCAGAAGGCAGGUUGGAGGGGAAGCAGCCCAAGAUCCCCAAUGGGAACCUGGUGAACGGCACAUGCUCCCCAGACUCUGGCCACCCUUCCUCCCACAACUUCUCCUCGGGCCUCUCGGAGCACUCAGAGCCCAGCCUGAGCACAGAAGACAGCGUCAUGGAUGCCCAUCGGAAUGCACCCCUGGUGCUGCGCCCCAGGGACAGCAGCAUGGAUGACGGACAGAGCAGCGAGGCCACCACUUCCCGGGACGAGGCCCCCCGGGAGGAGCUGGCUGUGCAGGACAGUCUGGAGAGUGACCUCCUCGCCAAUGAGAGCAUGGACGAGUUCAUGUCCAUCACCCGCAGCAUGGAUGUGGCCCUGCCCGACAAGGAGGGUAUCGGGAUGGAGGGCUGGGGCAGCAGCGAGGCCGAGAAGUGCAGCCAGGCGGACAGCGAGGACAGCCUCUCAGAGGAGCCCGAGAUGGAAAGCCUCUUCCCUGCUCUGGUCGCGACCACUUCUGCCACCAACGAGGCAUCCCCCGUAUCCUCCAGCGGCGUCACCUACUCCCCGGAGCUGCUGGACAUGUACACAGUGAACCUGCACCGCAUCGAGAAGGACGUGCAGCGGUGCGACCGCAACUACUGGUACUUCACACCCGCCAACCUGGAGAAGCUUCGUAACAUCAUGUGCAGCUACAUCUGGCAGCACAUUGAGAUCGGCUAUGUCCAGGGCAUGUGUGACCUUCUGGCCCCACUGCUGGUCAUCCUAGAUGAUGAGUCAGACUUGGCCCACUUUUUACCUCCCAUGAUUGGGAAGGACAGUUUGUCGUUCUGACAUGGGACUGGAUUGUCCUUUUCCCAGGAGGCUGAUGCCGACCUUUCCUUCCUCUGACAGAUCCUGGACUCGGAGCUCUUUGAGCUGAUGCAUCAGAACGGGGACUACACCCACUUCUACUUCUGCUACCGCUGGUUCCUGCUGGACUUCAAGCGAGAACUCAUCUAUGAUGACGUCUUCUCAGUGUGGGAGACCAUCUGGGCAGCCAAACACGUCUCAUCCACCCACUACGUCCUGUUCAUCGCCCUGGCUCUGGUAGAGGUCUACCGUGACAUCAUCUUGGAGAACAACAUGGAUUUCACAGACAUUAUCAAAUUCUUUAAUGGUGGAGGCAGGCAUGGCUGGAUCCAGGUGUUCAAAUGA